CAACAAUUGUGAUAAGUACGGUCCAAAUCGGUCUAUUACCUGAUAUAGCUCCCAUAUAAACCGAUCUCCCGAUUUGACUUCUUGAGCCCUUACAAGCCGCAGUUGUCAUCCGAUUUGGCUGAAAUUUUGCGUGUAGUGUUUCUUUAUGACUUCCAACAACUGAGUCUAGAAUGGUUCAAAUCGGUCUAUAACCUGAUAUAGCUCCCAUAUAAACCGAUUUCCCGUUUUGACUUCUUGAGCCCCUGGAAGCCGCAAUUUUUGUCCGACUUGUCUGAAAUUUUGCAUGUGGUGUUCUGUUAUGACUUCCAACGAACUGUGACAAGUACGUUCCAAAUCGGUCUAUAAGCUGAUAUAGCUCCCAUAUAAACCGAUCUCCCGAUUUAACUUCUUGAGCCCCUGGAAACCGCAAAUUUUGUCCAACUGAAAUGUUGCAUUUUUUUCUAAAUAUGAAAACUUAUGAAUGAAAAAUUAUGAAAAAAAAGGUAAAAUUUUCUUGAAAAAAAAUUACCAAAUUUUCGGUAUGCUCAUAUCCCUUUAAAAUUGAAAAAAAAACAAAAAUUAAAACCCUAACGGCAAUCCUGACCUAUCAGUCCGUCGGCCAACAAUUCGACCCUAACUUAGAAGGGAGCCAAUGUAAAUGCAUGCGAUUGUAGAGCGCUAUUUGUUAAACAAGUGAUAACAAAGAGUUCUUCUUCUUAUUGUUCUUUAGUCUGCCCACCCCUUCUCCCCCCGGGCCUUAGUUGUUGUUUACACCCAGAAAGAGAGAGUGUGAUAAACAUCAAAUGGAUGGAUGGCUGGGUGUACAACCCAAUGAAAGACCAUGUUUACAAGUGUAUGGCGUUCGUGGAUUGGAUGGUUUCAUGUGAUGGAGCGUGAUUUUGUCAACAGCUGAUUUAGUCUUGCUGAAACACUCAACGCUUCAACAGCAACGCGCAUUUAAAAUAAAUUUAAAACAAAUUGCAAAUUUUCCUCCAAAAUAAGACGUGUUUAACAAGCCAAAUAAAUACCUUGGCUUACAUUUGGCUUAGCGUGUUUCUUUUUUUUUCGUUAGCCAUAACUUGAGUUACUCCCACACUAAGCAAGUGUGGUUUGGUGGUUUGUGUUCUACACCUUCAUACAAGUUUUACAAUAACGACUUUAUAUUCUCACCAAGUAAAAGAAAACGAGGCUGAAAAGCAAAAAAAAACCUCUACUACAACCACAGCAAAAUACAGGCAGACAGACAACAACAACAGAGAGAACAACACUUUGGCAUCUUCAGCAGGGCAAAGGUUUAUGAACUGCUUGCAAGACAGUGGAUCUGCUAACCUAAGGCAUUACAUAAAAGCUCCAGAUACCUUAAAAUCUAACAAGAACCAUUGGUGUCAGUCAGUCAGUCAGUGAGUAAGCCAAAGAGCAGCGGUAAUGAUUACUUAAACAUUUGCAUAAACACCCCAACUCUUUGGAGUUAAGUCAAGGCAGCAAUAGCCAAACCCCUUAAAGGAACACAGUCAUCAGGAUUUGUUGGCAACAGACAAGUGGGCACUCUUACCAACAGCACCACCAACUAUUUCAGCAGAGCUGCAGCAACAGACCACCGACGUCAAUUAAAAAGAAAAAAAAAACACACCCGCCCAUUUAACCCCAAUAAACGCAGCAACAUCAACAGCCUCAACACUUAAACAAUCCCCUAGGCCCCCUUACGCACAUUGGCCACAUCCGUGUUAGCACAGCCACACACCUCAACACUAGUGUAGCCACGAGUGCUGGCACACACCCACACAAAGGCUGACCUCAGCAACAAAAUAACAUUAUCAGUGAAUUGGAGAGCAGCGGGAGCCAAAAAUCACCUCAAUUCAAUUUUUCAUUUCACCAUAAAAGGGGAACUCUAUCAGCCCAAAUCCCCCUUAACUCAUUCAUACAAAAAAAAAAAAAAAAACAGAAAUACUGAAGCUGGCAGCUGGUUCUGGCCUAGUGGCAUAAUAAUAGCCAAAGUGAAAGGAAAUUAAGCAAGACAAACUUGCCCGGCCCUCUCUUUUUCUCCUGCUGCUGCCAUCCAUUGAGCCUGUGAAAGCAUCAUUGCAGUCUUGGCUCCAUAAUGGAUUUGAAAACCUCAAGUAUAAGUGAAAUAUCUGAUCCAUACAUACCUUCUAGCAAGUCAACGGAUCUAAUAAAGCCAAAGGAUGCAUUGGAAAAGGAAGCAUCCGCAACAGCACCGAAUAAUGAAGAGUUUAAAGUCUACAAACGCAGAUGGGCCGUUUUAAUAUUAUUCGCUUUCUACUCAGCCUCAAAUUCCAUGCAAUGGAUCCAAUACAGUAUUAUAAACAACAUUGUCAGUCGAUACUAUGGCGUCAGUGAUAAAUGGAUUGACUGGACAUCUAUGAUUUACAUGAUACUUUAUAUACCGCUGAUAUUUCCUGGCAGUUGGUUCCUGGAUAAAAUGGGCCUACGCAUUACAGCACUGGUGGGGGCCUUUGGCACUUGCAUAGGUGCCUGGGUCAAAGUUUUUUCAGUGAGUCCUGACUUAUUCAUGGUGAGCUUUGCUGGUCAAAGCAUAGUGGCUUUAUCUCAGGUGUGCAUUUUAUCGUUGCCUGCACGCUUAGCUGCUGUUUGGUUUGGUCCCGACCAAGUUUCAUCCGCCUGCAGUGUUGGGGUUUUUGGCAAUCAGCUGGGCGUUGCUUUAGGGUUUGUCUUACCCCCCAUGCUGGUGGCGAAUAACGAGGACUUGGAUCUGGUUGGCCAUGAUUUGCAAUGGAUGUUCAAUUAUGUGGCUGGAGUAACAACCGUUUUGGCCAUACUAAUGGUUCUAUUUUUCCAGGACAAACCGCCCACACCGCCCUCGGCCGCACAGAAGGUGGCCCUGCCCGGCUCCAUUGAAGCACAAAAUCAGGUCUCAUUCAAAAGCUCGUUAAAGAAUUUAAUGUGUAAUCGCAAUUACAUAUUGUUGCUCAUCUCGUAUGGCAUGAAUGUGGGUGUGUUCUAUGCCAUUUCAACGCUGCUCAAUCCGGUGGUGCUUAAAUAUUAUCCUGGCCAUGAAGUGGAUACGGGACGCAUUGGUUUGGCCAUUGUCUUGUCGGGCAUGUUGGGCUCAGUGGUUUCGGGCAUUGUUUUGGAUAAAUCUCAUAAAUUUAAAGAAACUACAUUGGCUGUGUACGCAUUUUCCAUGGUGGGUAUGUGGGUGUUUGCGUUUACUUUGGAUACCGGAAGUAUUGCAGUCGUUUAUGUAACGGCAUCCUUAUUGGGCUUCUUCAUGACUGGCUAUUUGCCGGUUGGCUUUGAAUUCGGUGCUGAAUUGACCUACCCCGAGCCGGAAGGCACUUCCUCUGGCCUUUUGAAUGCAGCCUCCCAAGUCUUUGGCAUUAUCUUCACAUCGCUGUAUUCCUGGCUCUUGGGUGAUUAUGGUGAUAUAACGGCCAAUGUUACCAUGGCCAUCAUGUUGAUAGGGGGCACCAUUAUUACCGCUCUCAUUGGCUCCGAUUUGAGACGUCAGAAUGCACAACAGACGGGCAAUACAGGAAAUCCAUAGGAUCGUAUAGAUUUUGUUUAAGUAACACAAUGUUUGUUCUCUUGCUGCUUCCAAGCAAAGAAUGAAUAAAAAAAAUGUAAAAAAAAAUUUCAGUUUCAGAAACUUCAGGUGCCGCCACUUUGUGGCCUUGGAUAAACAUCGGUAUGGGUAAAGCAUUGAAAUUUUUUUUCUACUAAUUGUGUUACUUGAACAAAAUCGCUAAUUUGAAUUCAAAUAAUAAUUUUAAAACUUUGGUGUCCUCAAACACACACACACACAAAGUGAAUGUUUAGGUUUUUCUUUUAAAUUUAGUUUUCUAGUUUUAUGUAUGUAAAUAUGUAUAAAUAUAAGUUUUAUUAAGUUUUAA